AUGGCAGAGGUGGUUGCUUCCAGUCUACUGAGGUUGGUGUUUGACAAGCUGGGCAACAAAAUCCUGAAGGAGUUUGGGUUGUCGAUGGGUGUAGACAAGCAUUUGAAAAAGCUGGAGAGUACUCUAUCGACGAUCUAUGAUGUGCUUGAGGAUGCUGAGGCAAGGCAGGUGAAGGAGAAAGCUCUUAGAGGAUGGCUGAGAGAGCUCAAAGAUGUGGCUUAUAAUGUGGAUGAUCUGUUGGAUGAGGUUGCAGCCGAAGCUAUGAAACGAAGAUCGGAGAACAGAGGCCACAUAACUGGAAAGGUAUUUAGUGGACCUUACCAAUGGAGAUUGUGUGCUGGUAUUCAGUGGAUCCUGCCAGUAAAGAUUGUACACUGGUAUUCAGUGGAUUGUGUCAAUAGAGAUUAA